GGAGGGGAGUACCCUGCAGAGAGGAAGAACAUCUGACCCAUUUCCUUUUACAAUCUCAGUGCUCGAAACAGUAGCAGCAGAGGGAUACUGUGACAAGAAUGGGGUUAUAUUUGGUGUAAGUAGGGGGCAUGACAGGCAGGUAUCUGGAUGCAGAGCUCACCCAACACAAAUCAGCAUCAGCAGGAUCAGUGGAGGACACAGAGACAAGGACAAGAGAGGCACAGACACAUGUAUUCUGGCUGUAAGUACACCAUAUAACGACACGCAUUGGUAUAAGGACCAGUGGUUCCAUAGGGGCAUAUGGUGGGAUUGCACAUUCCAAAGAAAUUUGAGCAGGGAACACUGACAUAUACAACCAUUAACCAUUCGAAGAUUGACUAAAUAGACAUCAAAAGGUGGUCAUAGGGGAGGCCAGCAGAACCCUCUGCAAUGCUACCACUGCUAUAGUGGACAGCUCUCUGGCUAAAGGUCUUCCUGGAGGAGGCUGUAUGUGGAAUUCGGACUGAUCUCUUCUACUCUUCCAAACACUGAUACCUCCAAGCGGAAAUGGGUACCCAAGGCCCUGGAAGGAAAAGACAUCCCAACAAGGAAAAACUGUCUGCUGAGGACCAUGCCUUAAAUCAGAUAGCAAGAGAGGCAGAGGCGCGGUUGGCGGCCAAGAGGGCGGCGCGAGCUGAAGCCCGAGAGAUUCGUAUGAAGGAAUUGGAGAGACAACAGAAAGAGAUUUACCAGGUUCAGAAGAAAUAUUAUGGUCUGGAUACCAAGUGGGGUGACAUUGAGCAGUGGAUGGAAGACAGUGAGCGCUAUUCACACAGACCACGGAGGAAUCUCCAGGUGUCUGAAGAUGAUGCUAUGUCUGUGUCUAGCAGGAGCAGUCUGAGGACCAAUGGUUACGAGGAUGAAUUGCUUGGAGCAACUCAGUAUAGGAAAUCCAGCAGGAGCUCAUCGGGCAGUGGCGAUGCCACCCAGUCUUCCCGGGGACCCCCCAGGGAUGAGGCAAUGAGCGCCUAUUACUCUGACCCCAGCCUGGCCAGCGCUCCACACACAGCCAAGUCCCAGCAGCAGACUGUACACAAUGGAAGUCGGCCAUCACUAUUGAACUGCAAUUCUCUGCCUUCCAGAUCACAGCGGGGGUCUCUGUACGAUGAGGGUGUCCCCAGCAGUAGCCGGCGAUCUUCAAGUUCACGACCUCCCUCUGAGUACAGUUGUUACGUGGGCUCUGGAUCUCGUGCCUCCUCUCGUGCCAGCUCUGCCCGUGCCAGCCCAGUGUCUUCAGAACCCACAGGCCCACUAUUAUUUCGGCGUGGGUCCUCCAGUGGCAGCGUCCAUUCACAGGUUCAUCUUGAAGAUGUGUCUGUCCCUUCAGUAAGCAGAGUUGAAGAAAGAUCAGACAAAGACUUUGCAGAGAAGAGUGGCCGACCUGUCUCCAGCUUGUCUGCAGCAACUCUUGCUUCAUUGGGUGGGACAUCCUCACGUAGGGGGAGCGGAGACACCUCCAUAUCGGUUGAUACAGAGGCAUCGAUUAGAGAAAUAAAGGAGAUCAGUGAGUUAAAGGAGCAGAUUGAGGAUGUAGAAGGCAAAUACAUGCAAGGGCUGAAGGAGAUGAAGGACUCCUUGGCAGAAGUGGAGGAGAAGUACAAGCGGUCUAUGGUGACCAAUGCCCAGUUAGACAACGAGAAAACAUCCUUUCAAUAUCAAGUGGAUACUCUACGGGAGGUUCUGCUCGAGCUGGAAGAAGAACUGGCAGAGUCCAGGCGUCAGUAUGAAGAUAAACAGAAAGAGUGUGAGCGGCAGAAACACGAGCAGGGGGUCCUCCGUUUUCAGCUGGCAGAGAUGAAGGAGGCUUUGGAGCAGAGGGAGGCGCUGAUGAUGGAAAUUCGCCAACUGCAACAGAAACAAGAAAUCAAUGACCGUGAGAUCUGUGACCUCAAGGAAACCAUAGAAUGGAAGGAUAAAAAAAUAGGGGCUCUAGAGAGACAAAAAGAGUUUUUUGAUCCUGUUCGGACUGAGCGUGAUGCCCUCAGGGAAGAGGUGACCCACUUAAGGGAGGUGUUGAAGAAACAUGGCAUCGUGCUGGACUCGGACGGUACCCUGAAUGGCGACUCUUCAAUGGAACACCAUGUAAAUUCCGAUGGUCCACCGGAUCCUCCAGUUCGGGCAGUGUCAAUGGGAAAAACAGAAGGAACAAUGGAAAAAAAGGAGACCUUGUCAGUGGUGGGUGAAUGUCCACCUUCUGGGACUGAGCAAGAUAGGCAGGAAACUGCACAAGAUGCUCAGAAAGAAAUUCCUAUGCACGCUGAGGAUGAAGAUGUAACAAGAGAUCACGCUAAGAAGGAAAAUAACACAAUUGUGGAAACUCAGUCUGUUGAUGAGUGUAGCCAUCUCAAAUCUGAGACCAGUAUAAAUGAGCAGAAGGAAGAAAUGUCUUGUGAUAUAAAAGAAAAUAAGCAGGAGACGUCACAAACUGACAUUUUGGAGAACCUUUCAGAAGUAGAUGGGGAGACCACAUUAGAGAAGAGUGAUGUAAGUCCAUCUGGAAGUGAGGUCUUCCAGGAUGCCAUAGACUUUGUUGAUGAAACUUCCAGUUCAUCGAAUGAAUUGAAUGAUGACAUCACCGGUUGCGAGAGUGAUGGUAAAAAAGAGGAACCUGAAAACAGCCAGCAGGAAAACAUCAGUGAAGUAGAUGAUCAGUGCAGCUUGGAUGGAGCUCCAAAGGAGGGAGAUGAAGUUCCAAAUGAAAAUGCUGUCAAUGUGCAUAAGACUGAAGAGGAUGAAGUUAUAGAGGGUAAACAGGAUAGUAGUAAAGAAAGCAUAAGUGAUGAAGAAAGUAGUACAGAAUUGUCAGCUAGUAGUAAAGAUGGAGAUCUAGGUCAUGAAGUACCUAUUGAAGAUCAGAUCGAACCUCAGCAGUCUGAACAUGAAGAAUCUGGCUCACAGACUACUGAGGGUGAAAAUAAACAGGAUGAAAGAUUAUCUGCUGCGUACAGUGAUGAUAUUGAUCAAGGUAAGAAUAUUUCUUCAUCUGAACAUCCACCACAAGAUGCAUUAUUAAAGAGUAACGACUUAGUUGCUCAGGUAGAAAGCAACAAUGACAAAACAUUAGACGUUUCUGAGUCUUGCACUGUUACUGAGAGUAAUAGCAUAACGAAGGAUGAACCUAUAAAAGACCAUGUAAUCCCAGACAUGAGCAGUAGUCCAGCCGAGCAAGAACAUGUUCCAUUGGAUGAAAGGCAAAGAGAUGUUUCCUCAGAAAGUGAAGAUCUUAAAGAAGUGGACCAAAAGGAAGAAGAUACAUUGUCAGAUGACAUAGUUUGCGAUAACACCCAGAAUGCAGAUGAUUCGGUGGCAAAUGAAGCCGAAAGCCCCCCAAAAAUUGCCCCACCUGAGGUUUUCGGUAGUGAAGGAGAAUCCACACAAGAGGGUGAAGAAACUGAUGAUGACAAUGAUGAUGAUAAUGGUACCAUGCAAAGUGAAAAAUACACUGGAGAGAGUGAAAUACCCUGCACAUCAUUGGGAUCAUCAGUGGACAGACAAUCUUUGGAAGAUAUUCGGAUGGAUGAUGCCUCAGAGAAGAGUCCUAAGAAAGGGAAAGGCAAAAAUAAAGAUGACUGUGUUGUUUCCUGAUGAAGCGGUGUGUGCGAUUGCUCAUGUUCUGUAGGUGUCUCUGUGGCACUGCUGAAUGUUACUGAAAAAUUAUGCUUUUGCACUAGUACUACUAUCAAUUGCUUUGAAAGGAGCUGCAUAUCAUGUUACUAAAAUACAGGCUGUUGGCUACUUCAGUUAUCGGGGGGUCCAUAUUUGCAGGAGCGCUACGGGAGAUCGCUGUUCUAGAGCAAGGCGGCUUACCUUUUACAGGAGCUCCACCAUUGGUCCAUGGCAAAAUUGAAAAUGAAUCCGUAUUUAUCUAACAUUUGUGUCUGCACCGAGUAUAACAUCAGUGAGGCCGGCCUCACGGUUUAAUAACCAGUGCUGCAGACGGACCAGUUACCCAAGACAAAUAUUUAUUACAAGUUGCCACAGGCAAUAUGUUCUGUGUACACCAGUAUAACCAAUUCCUUUUGUCAGUGCCUGUACUCAGGUUGCACUUGCACUUCCUCUCCUACCUGUGUUCUGUACCGGAAAAUGUAAUUUGCCCCUCUAGACAUCAGAUGUGACGCUCUGGGUAAAAAUAUCCUAACCUUUAUAUUUAUAUAGUCCAUUUUACUUAAGGAAGCACUACCACAAAAUGUUUAUCCUUUGCUUACCAGUGGAUUUAUUUGUGAAUUACAUGCCCCACUGAAGUCCUCUGAGGCACGUGAGCGGUAUUUGGACGCAUUGAAUCUUAGGGUCCAUUCACACGUCCGUUGUUUCUUUCCGAUCUGUUCCGUUUUUUGCGGAACAGAUCUGGACCAGUUCUGGACCCAUUCAUUUUCAAUGGGUCCUGA